UAUUAAACCCACGCAUGUACUGAUUAAAGCAGUCGAUGGUUCACGUAAUAAUGUUAUAUAAUGCAGCUGGGUCAUCUAUAUAAGGUGUCUAUUCUCUUCAGGGAUUCCCUAAGCAUGCAGCAGCCACGCCAUGUAAGUGUGAUCACCAUCUCCGUGAUCCUGGCCCUGGUCCACGGGGGACUGGCGCAGGAUCUGCGGAACGUGACGGAGCCCAAGACCCCGGAGACCUGCAUCUCUCUGGAGGCUAGCGGCGGAGACGACACAGAAGCCAUCCAGAACGCCCUCAACAACUGCACCCAGGGGAAAGCCGUGGCUCUCUCCUCGGGCAUAUUCAAUGCCGGGCACUUCCAGAUACCGUCCGGCGUGAGCCUUCUCGUGGACAGCAACGUGACCUUGAAGGCCAUACCCAAUCCGAGAUUAUACGGUCCUCAUACCUGUGGGACUUUAACUGACACCGCAGGUGAGUGUAGACCUUUCAUCGAGAUCACUGAUGCCAAAGGAACUGGAAUCUACGGUAAAGGCACAAUAGAUGGACAGGGAGACAUGAAACUGGUCGGUACGAACACGAGCUGGUACGACAUGAUCACGAAGUCACCUGCAGGGAAACACUACAACAAUCCUCGACUGAUAAAAAUUAAGGGCUCUGAAGACAUAACUGUGUAUCAGGUCACGCUGAAAAAUUCUCCUUAUUACCAUCUUACCACAGCCGGUACGAACGGCUUCACUGUGUGGGGCGUAACUAUCAUGGCUCCGGCAAACGUAGGGAACACAGAUGCCAUCGACCCAACUGGAUCACAGAACGUGACGAUCGCCCAUUGCAACGUUAGUGUCGGUGACGACAACAUAGCCAUCUCAGCCUCACACGCUCCUGCUAGACACAUCUCCAUACUGAACAACUACUUCGGCUCGGGGAACGGCAUGUCCAUCGGCAGCGGCACGCACUAUGGUGUCAGCGACGUGCUGGUCUCCGGCAUGACGUUGGUCAACACCAUUAACGGACUGCACAUCAAGACCGGGGGCUCCGGCGGCGGCAUCGUGACCCGCAUCACCUACGAGAACAUUUGUGUCUACGACGCAGAGAAACCCAUCGACUUCAGCAUGACGUACUUCGACUACAUUGGUGCCAGUGAGGCAGAAAUCCGCAACAUCACUUUGAACAAUGUAAGGAUAGUCACCAAAGGGAUAUUUAAAUUCAAUGGUGUCAGCGAUGCUAAUCCAGUUAUGGCCACAAUGAACGAUGUACACAUUGCUAAAAACUCUAGGUGGCUAUCAAAUUAUGCCCAAAUAACUGGGUACAUUUCAGUUGAUGCCUCGGGGCAUUGUGGAUGGAAUGGAAAUAUAUAAUAAUUAUUGUUGAAAGGUAUUAUUCUAGAAAAGAAUUUUUUUUUCAAUAUUGCUUGCACUGCUGAAAAAUAGGGAUAUUUCUUUCGAUGCUGUUAUGACUUACAGGAGACUGUCGUACCUUGGACAUAGUGUACCUACCUUGGGAAAUUUGUGUAUUCUAAGAAGUGCUACCACCUAGCAUUUAAUCGACUAAAUCCAUCAGUAAGUUGUGAAAAACGAUGCUUGGUGUCUCUGAUGGCAUUUUUCACGUUUUACUGUAAAUUCUGUUACUGUUACUGAAACCGUGUUUUAAGUAUAGAAAGUAAAUAUUUCAUGCAUCGUUCUUCUUCUUUUUUUUUUACAGAAAACAAAGCUUUUUUUAACAUCAUCACUUAGAGUCUGUUGCUGAAUUUGUGAGUUAAAACAAUAUCAAUUAAGUUUUAUUAAGCUUAAGCUGCCAUGUUUGUACAUUUUCGCUACUUCUUGUACCUCUUCCAACAAAAAAUCAUGAACCAUUAAACAUUUUUCACGGUGCA